AUGGGCACACGAUUGAGAAAUCUUAAAAAUACAGUUAAAAACCUCGGCGGAAAAGGCAAAUUAACUAAUAAGUUAAUUGAUCAAUUGACAAUAUAUUACGGCUUGGCGAUACGGCGUAAUCCGAAUUCGUUAAAAAAUAUGAAAAAUGAAAUAUGGGCGACCUUAUAUCAUAAAACAUCAACCGACGAAAAUCCCCAGCACGAGCUGUGCUCCGAAUCUUGGUGUAACUGGAAGAAGGCACAAGCAGCGAAUUCCUUACGUGACUUCCAUCAUAAGCCGCCGCUACCGGCUGAUGUUUUUGAAAAAUUAAAACCGAUUUACGUGAAUUUGAGUCGCGACGAGUUGUUGAAUCGGUGCUUAGGCGGAUAUACUCAAAACAGCAACGAAAGCUUCAAUGCGACCGUAUGGAACUUAGCUCCUAAAUCUUACUUAAGUGGCAAGAAAGUAUUGCAAAUAGCGACUGAUAUUGCUGUUUGCAAUUUUAAUGACGGACUAAGUAAUAUUUUACGAAUUAUGCAAGUUUUGGAGAUGACAAUUGGACCUCAGUCUUACAAUUUUUGCGUCGAAGCGGACGCUGCGCGGAUAAAGCACGCCGAGGUGUCACUGUCGGAUGCAGCGAAAGAAGCGCACUCCAGCCUAAAAUCGACAAAAAAAGAAAACGAAGAGGCCAAUUUUAAUCUAGAAGGGCAGCUUUAUGGUCCAGCAGAUUAA